GAAAAAUUCGAAUAAAUACAUGAGUCAAUGACAUUUCCAUAUAGCAACCUUGUCACUUAAGCUUCUUAGUAGUCACCAUUAGUUCAGUGUUCCCUUCCGUCACGACUCGCGAGAUCUCAGUCCGUCGGUCGGUGCUUCGCAGAUCCGCCGAUUUGGACUCAACUCCGGCAAUGCCGCGGCUUUCGUCGUCGAUACCUUCCAAGGCUAAUUCCGUGGUUAUGCUACUCUGCACCUUUCUGCUUCGGUGUACGGAAGCUUCAGUUCAUGACUACUCAGGGGAGAAAUUCGCGAGCAAAGGCAAUGCAUUUGUGGUCCAUGGAGGUAGCGAAGGAAUUUACUCUUACAAUCAGAACCGCAACGAGUCGUCUUCUCUCUCUUCUAACGGCAAUGCUUUCAUUCGCUUUGAGAAGAUAAUAUUCCGUAGGCCAAGGGAGUUUUCAAAUUUCAGCUCAGGGUCUAUUCAUGUAGUUCUUUUUGAGGUGGACGAGAGAGAACUGAUUGGUGGCUCAGCCUAUGGGGGGCAAAGAGCUGUUUGUUGCACGACUGAUCUUGCCAAACUUGGAGUAUGUAAGCAAGGAGAAAUCAUUCACCGUCCAUCCACAAAACAUUCUGGCUGGCCUCAAGUCUUCAGUGCCUCAUUUGAUGUUGAUGAGGUUGAUUCAAUACUGCAGCCAAGAGAAAUACAGAUAACAAAAACAGGGAUGUAUAAUUUGUAUUUCAUUCACUGUGAUCUGAAUCUUAAGGAAGUUGUUGUCGAAGGAAAAACUAUAUGGAAAAAUCCCACUGGUUACCUGCCUGGUAGAAUGGCGCCACUCAUGAACUUUUACGGGCUCAUGUCUCUUGCAUUUGUGUUGCUUGGAGUCUUUUGGUUCUCACAGUAUGCUAGAUUCUGGAGGGAAGUUUUAACUUUACAAAACUGUAUUACUCUAGUAAUAACUUUGGGGAUGCUUGAGAUGGCUUUAUGGUAUUUUGAUUUUGUCGAGUUUAAUGAAACGGGAGUCAGACCAACUGGAAUCACUGUGUGGGCUGUCACCUUUGGCACCGUGAAGCGCACUGUUUCGCGUAUAAUCAUUUUAAUGGUUUCUAUGGGCUAUGGUGUUGUUAGACCUACCCUAGGGGGUAUUACAUCUAAAGUACUUAUGCUUGGUGGGACUUUCUUUAUAGCAUCUGAGGUACUUGAGAUAGUAGAAAAUGUCGGAGCUGUAAGUGAUCUAUCAGGAAAGGCAAGAUUGUUUUUUGUACUUCCUGUUGCAAUUUUGGAUGCUUUCUUUAUUCUUUGGAUAUUCAGUGCCCUCUCUGCAACACUAAACAAGCUUCAGGCUAGACGUUUGAUGGCAAAGUUAGACAUAUACCGGAGGUUCACAAAUGCUUUGGGAAUAGCUGUCAUUGUCUCUGUUGGUUGGAUAUGCUAUGAGCUUUACUUUAAAUCAACCGACAUAUACAAUGAGCGAUGGCAAAAUGCAUGGAUCAUCCCUGCUUUUUGGCAAGUUUUGUCUUUCUCUCUUCUCUGUGUCAUUUGUGCUCUUUGGGCGCCAUCACAGAGCUCAAUGAGAUAUGCUUACUCAGCAGAUGCUAAUGAAGACUUUGACAAGGAUGAAAAUACUCUAACUCUCAUAAAGCCUUCACCCUUUCCCUCAAUGGAAGUACAAACACCUUCCAAAACUAAACCGGCAACGGGAGGUGGGAAUGGCGAUUUGGAAGAAGACAAGACUGAGUAAAGUGAAACACGCGAGUUUUGUAUAGUAGGACACCCGGAGUUUAAUAUGUUAAAUCAUGUUUUGCUGAUAUCUAUCAAGGAUAUCUCUUGUUUGUUGUAACCUUAUUUAGCUCAAAUUUUCUUCUUUUCACACAUUGUAAUGUAAUACUACAAGUUUACUACUAACAGUUUGUGGAGUCACACUGUCACAGUAAAGAUAAGUUAGUUACAUUUUAUUGCAAAUUUACAAUUCCCCGCCAUUGUUACUUC